GUGCCCAGCUCCUGAGAGCUCAUGUAUCAGGUGCUGUUUGCAGUCUCUCAUGUCCUCCUCCUGGCAGCCUGCACUAUAGGAAUUACUUAACCCGUUGACAAGUGAGGAAGUUGUGCCCAUAAGAGGGUAGGAAACUGGUGCAGAAGCCACAGAAUGCAGUUUCCCCUGUGAGGGAGCAGGCAGACAAGACAACCUGGAUCCUGCCGGUCCUUGACUGCACCCCAGUCCUUGGUUUGCCCAUGUUGGGACUAUGCUGGGUGUUUCCCCGAGUGAACAAACUUCCGGUGCAGACUCACACACCCUGUUUUCAGGUGGAGUGGUCCCCUGGGCCGCCGUGACGCUGCUGCUGCUGCUGCUUUUGCUACCGCCCGCGCUCCUGUCGCCGGGAGCGGCAGCGCAGCCCCUGCCCGACUGUUGCCGCCAGAAGACGUGCUCCUGCCGCCUCUACGAGCUGCUGCACGGCGCGGGCAACCACGCGGCCGGCAUCCUCACGCUGGGCAAGCGGCGGCCGGGACCCCCUGGCCUCCAGGGCCGGCUGCAGCGCCUCCUGCAGGCCAGCGGCAACCACGCGGCCGGCAUCCUGACCAUGGGCCGCCGCGCAGGCGCAGAGCCAGCGCCGCGCCCCUGCCCCGGGCGUAGAUGUCCCGCCCUGGCCGCUCCCUCUGCGGCGCCUGGGGGACGGUCUGGAGUCUGAGCCGUUGCUCUGGCCGGGUUCUGACCCUGCCCUCUCCUCGCUGCCCGCCGGGUGUCAGCCCUCAGAAAAAGGGCAAUAAAGACGAGUCUCUGUUAGUGAA